AUGGUUCAGCGUUCAAGAGAGAAAUGGGCUAAAAAGCUGGAUGAUGCAUUAUGGGCCUACAGGACAGCAUUCAAAACACCAAUAGGAAUGUCUCCCUAUAGGUUAGUAUAUGGUAAAGCUUGUCAUCUACCAGUCGAAUUAGAGCACAAGGCAUUCUGGGCUAUGAAAACAUUGAAUAUGGACUUGGCAACAGCAGGAGAAAAGAGGCUGCUACAACUUAAUGAGAUGGAUGAGUUUCGCAACGAGGCUUAUGAAAAUGCCAAGAUUUAUAAAGAGAUAAUUAAGAAAUGGCAUCACGGAGGCUUAAUCAGAAAAGACUUUCAACCCGAGCAACAAGUCUUACUCUUUAAUUCCAGGUUGAAAUUAUUUUCGAGUAAGCUAAAGUCAAGAUGGUUGGGUCCAUUCACGGUGGUCAAAGCAUUCCCAUAUGGAGCUGUGGAACUCAAAGGUGAAAGCCCAGACACUUUUAAGGUUAAUGGGCAGCGGUUAAAGCUUUACUUUGGAGGUCAUUUUGACCAAGCCAAGUCCGCCAUGAUUCUGGCGCUUCUUUGA